UACAAAUCAAAAUUUAAUUGAGCGGUUUGGCAUGGUUUUUAAUUCAUUAUCAGCCCUUUACUCACCACCACUUUCACUACCACCACAACCAUUUCUCUUGUUUCCUAGCUUCCUCGUACACUUACCACUCUUUUUCGUAUUAUAAGCUCAAAUAAAUUUUGGAAAAUUUCAGCAAUGUCAACGGAGCAACCGGCACAAUUAUUUGAAAUUGUUGUGGACCCAUGUUUGCAAAAACCAGAUCAUUUUCCUCAAGUUGAAUUUCUUACUUCCAAGACAGAUUUUGCACCUGACAGGAAAAAAAGAGAUCAUUCCCGUGCCUUGUGUUUAGCUGCACUUAACGGUGACUGGAAAACUGCUAAGCAGUUCAUCGAUAAAGAUCGUGGCAUGCUUUAUGCUAGAUUGACAAAAGCAUGGGAUACAGUGAUUCACAUAGCGGUUCAUUCAAAAUGCAUAUCUUUUGUAAAAGACCUGGUGGAAUAUGGGACUGUGGAAGAUCUAGCUAUAGAAAACAUGAAUAAAGACACAGGCCUUAGUAUUGCUGCUGUAUCUGGAAUGAUCGAAAUUGCAAAGUUAAUGAUAGAAAAGAAUAAUAAACUGACAAUGAAACGUGGUACUAGGGAUUUGAUACCCUUUGGCAUGGCAGCUGAAGUUGGACAUAAGGAAAUGGCAGAAUAUCUCUACUCGAAGACUGAAUUUGACUGUCUAGAUCAUUGUGAACGAAUUAGGCUGUUUUUUAUUAUCCUUUCCAGCAAUUUGUAUGGUUUAGCAUUGGAUAUGCUGAGUAAAUAUCCAACAAUGGCUUGUGAACGAGAUGAUAAUAAUAAUGGGAAAACAGCUUUACAUGUCUUGGCUCAAAAGGCUACACACAUUGCCAACGGCAGUCCCCUAAAAAUCGUGGCAAGAUACACCAGCUUGUACUUCAAAGGUUUCUAUAAGCAAACAUCAACGCCAAUAUUGGCUCGGGAUUUACUUGAAAGAAUUUGGGAGCAAGUUCUGCAGCAAUCAGAUGAGGAAAUUUCAGACCUAAUCAGCAGGCCUUCAGGAGUACUUUUUGAUGCUGCAAUGUCUGGAAAUGUUGAGUUUUUAGCUUUGCUUCUUUGCGAGUAUCCUGUUCUUUUAUGGGAAGUUAAUGAAAAAGGGCAAAGUGUAUUUCAUGUUGCUGUUUUGCAUCGUCACGUACAUGUGUUUAAUUUAAUAUAUAACAUAGGAGCAAUUAAGGAUUACAUAGUAGGAAAUAUUGAUGAUGACAAAAACAACAUGCUGCACUUAGCUGCAAUGUUGCCACAUGUUGAAAGACUUGGCGCCCCACGAGCAAACCUUCAAAUGCAACGAGAGCUAUUGUGGUUUAAGGAAGUGGAAGAGAUUGUCCGACCAUUUCAUAUGUAUAUGAAAAAUUCAGAGGGAAUGACACCCAUGGAUGUUUUCAAUAAGGAUCAUAAAGAUUUACUUAAAGUAGGUGAAGAAGCAAUGAAGGAGACAGCCAAUUCAUCUAUGCUUGUAGCAACUCUCAUUUCUACUGUUGUCUUCGCAGCAGCUCUCACAGUUCCUGGUGCCAGUAACAAGAUAUCAAAUACUCCUUUUUUCCACAAAGAGCAGUGGUUUAUGAUUUUUAUUCUUUCAAAUGCAGAAGCACUUUUUACCUCGGCAGCAUCAAUUGUGUUGUUACUGUCCAUUCUUACUUCAACCUAUGCACAAAGUGAGUUUGUGUAUUCAUUGCACGCAAGGUUGAUGUUUGGGCUCACAACACUCUUCAUCUCCAUAACAACCAUGGUCUCAGCCUUUAUUGCUGCCAUCUUUUUGAUCUUUGACUACAAGUUAGAAUGGGUUCCAUAUGUCAUUGCUUCACUUGCCUGUGCUCCAGUGAUUUUGUUUCUUGUGUUACAUUCGAAUCUUUGGGCUGAUUUAAUCCGCUCAUAUUACUGGUCUAAGUUUUUAUUCCGGCCAAGCAAGCAACGAAUUUUCGAGUUAGAAUUUUGA